UGAGAAGAAGCGGAGGAGGAGGAGGAGGAGGAGGAGGAGGAGGAGGAGGAAGAAGAAGAGGAAGAAGAGGAAUAGGAAGAAAGGGAAAAAGAAAAAGAGGAAUAGGAAGAAGAAGCCGUGGCGAUGGCGGCUGCUGUGUCAUCGGGUCUUGCGGCUGCGGCUAUGGCGGCCGUAGCCUCGUCGCCGACGACGGGCGUUCAGACGAAGUCGUCGUCGUCGUCCUGUUCUUCUUUGACGAGAUGCAUGGCUCUCGUGCCUGCGUCCUCCUCCAAUGUUGGGAUGUCAUCCUUCACCCCCGGUUUGGGGAGCUGCAGCAAGGGCUCCCACGCGAUAGCACGCGGUAGGCGAGUUGUUGCUGCGCCCCGCGCUUCGACCAAGGUCGACGUCUCCAAAGGCGAGAAGAUGAGGGAGGGUGCGAAAACGCCGGCCAAAGAGACUUUAUUGACCCCUCGGUUUUACACGACCGAUUUCGACGAGAUGGAGGCAAUGCUCACCGUCGAGGGCAAUCCCAACUACAGGGAAGAAGAGUUCCUGGCGCUCCUGAACGAGUUCAAAACAGAUUACAAUCAGACGCAUUUCGUCCGUAACAGUGAAUUCAAAGAGGCAGCGGAAAAACUGCAAGGAGCGCCGAGAGCAAUCCUGCUCGAAUUCCUUGAGCGCUCAUGCACUGCAGAGUUCUCAGGCUUCUUGCUCUACAAGGAACUCGGACGCCGACUCAAGAAAACAAAUCCUAUUGUUGCGGAAAUCUUCACUCUUAUGUCCAGGGAUGAGGCUCGCCAUGCCGGAUUUCUGAACAAAGCGAUGGCAGACUUCAACAUGGCACUGGACCUGGGUUUCUUGACAAAGACGAGAAAGUACACCUUCUUCAAGCCAAAGUACAUUUUAUACACUACCUAUCUGUCGGAGAAGAUUGGGUACUGGAGAUACAUCACCAUUAACCGUCACCUCCAGGACAAACCUGAGCACAUCAUCUUCCCCAUCUUCAAGUACUUCUUCAACUGGUGUCAGGACGAGAACAGACAUGGUGAUUUCUGCAGCGCCCUUCUGAAGUGCCAUCCCCAAGUCGUCAAGGAUUGGCAAGCCAAGCUCUGGUGCCGCUUCUUCUGCCUUUCGAAAAUCAACGAGGAGUCUGCUGGUCCCUCCUCCUUUCGGAACUGAUAGGCUGUAGUGGGAGGAUUCUCCGUCAUGCUCGUAGCCCAGUCUCCUGGCUUCCAAUUGCUGGGUCCUUGGAGUAAAUGUAGCCAACACUC